AUGAAGACCCCUCUCUGGUCCCUGCUGCUGCUGUGUCUGUGUGUCCCGGGACACUGUAGUGAAUGCCAGGGGGACUGCCUGGCCUGUGGCCGCAUCCUGCCGCAGGAGAUCAACUUCAACACACUGGUGUGUCUGGUGGAGUGUGAGGGUAACGUCUCCCCUGCCUUCACUUGGGACAUGUGCCGCAAGGCCUCAGCCUCCCCACAGUUACCCUCCCAGUCCAUAGGGGGCGCUGCCAUGCUGACGCGGGCCCAGAAGGAGGUGGAGGCCAUGCUGCCAGAGGAAGAAGAGGAACAGGGGGAAGGGGGGCUGAUGUACCCAGUAGCCCUGCAGAGGUUUGACCACGUGGUCCGUGCUCUGGGCAUAGACGAGCUGGGCAGUGAGCUGGGCAGUCAGCUAACCGCUGAUGUCUACAACUCCCAGCUGCCCCAGGAAAUGCAGGAAAGGGAUGAGGAAGUUGGGGACGAGGAAGAGGGGGAUAACGCGAUGGAGAGAGAGCAGGAUGGAGCGGCGGGGAUAAGUCUGUCGAAGCGCUUCGGGGGGUUCUUGAAGGGAAGGCAUGGCUACAGGAAGUUGAUUGGCCCCGGGAGGCCCUUGCAGAAGCGCUACGGCGGGUUCAUAGGCGUCCGGAAAUCUGCCCGCAAGUGGAACAACCAGAAACGGUUCAGUGAGUUCCUGAAGCAAUACCUGGGCAUGAGCACCCGAGCUAGCAAGUCCUACAACAGCAUCUCCGCUGACAUCACCCAACAGAACAAGGUGUAG